CACAAGAUUCUUGUGACAAGAACUCUGUCCUCAAUCCUGAAGUUUGCAGUUGGUUUGCAGAUAAAAUUUUAUGUUAUCAAUUUAAAUUCUAAGUCAAAUUGGCUGUUUGAGACUUUGAGCUAUCUAAAUGAUAAAAAUAAAUAGUGACUAGUCAACCGUUCAACGUCAGUGUUAAUAUAUGAUUAUGUAGGCUGCCCGUACAUACUAUAUCAUAACAAAUCACAAUAGUUAGUCAUGCUUUUUCACGCAGCUGAUAUGGUAUAACAACUAUAAAUAUGAGUUUCACCACUCAAGGCUAUGGAAUUUAGUUUGUCGUUAUUACUUAAAGCAAUCAUACGCUUCUCUCCGAUCGCUUAAAACGGGCAGCAUUUUUUUAAACUUAAUAACGCAAUACCUUUAGGUACCGGUAACCUUGACUUAAAAUUAAAAAAAAAAAAACACGAUGUUAAAGAGUGCCUCAAAAGUGACGAUAAAUACAGGAAAUGUGCUAAACCUUAUUGAUAUAAAGAAAAAGGCUGGACAAAAUGUGACUGAGGAGUUAUCAGAAAGCAUUAAACUAACCUUAUCAGAAUGGGGUACACAAAAUGGACAUCACCUCCAAAAUGGCACAUCCCACUCGGAUAACUCACAAGAUUCAGACUACAUGGUGGUAUCCACAUCCGCAACCAACAAUGAGGCAGUUGUGAACAUAACAAGGCCACACGAUGAUGUCCACAAUAAAAUGGCAGAAGAGGAACGGAAGAAUCUUAAGAUUGGUGUGAAGAUAUUUAUAAAUGAAGACAGUACGACAGCACUGACGGAAUGUAUGGAAAAUGUAUUCACAGCCCUGCACACAGAGCGCAUAGAAAACGUAAUACUGGCCUACAAUCCAGAUAUUAUAACACGCGGUGAAAAUAGAGAUGAAAAUAAUGCAAAGAGUACUUUUACAAAAGCCUCUCCCAUGUCUUUGGGUAGUAAUGUUGGACGUGUGUCCAGCACAGAAAUAGAAGCGGACAACGAGGCAGAUGCAAGAAAAUGCGAAGCUAUUCUACCCGGUAUUAAAAUUUUAUGGGCGGUGCUUGAAGAUUAUGUCAAAGAAGGUCGCGUCCAACAGCUCGGUGUGGCAGAUGUGGGUGGUGGUUGUCUACGGAAGCUCCACGCGUGGGCAAGAGUGAAGCCCACCAUCGCGCAGAUCAACCUCGCCUCCUGCUGUGUGGUUCCACCCUCCCUACACGCCUUUUGCAAGGCCAAUGACGUCCAGCUCUUGACGCAUGCUGACCCACCAGAUCUUCUAUCCCUAGCAGCAGUAAAAACCCUUUCCGAUGCAGGCAUAGGGUGCAAUAACCUGGACUGGUGUGCAAGAUACCAAGUACAUAUAAAAUGUAGGGGAGUACUCGCCCUCAAGGGCUACGUAUGUAAAGCUACACUGCAAAAUAAAAAUAAAUAAUACUGUGUUAAUUUAAUUAUUUAAUAUUAUAUAAAUAAAUUAUUAAUCGUGAUUAUUGUAUUACUUUCUUGUAUAAAUUUUUAAGCUUUUAACGUAACUGCAACAUUUUUACUUAUACCGUGAUUGAGACGUUUGCAACGUUGCAAAAUACUAGAAGAUUUAAAAUGAUAAUUAAGGUAAGUCCCGUAUAAGUAACAAUGUUGUUUUCUUAUAGGUAAGUUUGAUACUUUCAUGGUGUUGCCAUGCAAUAAUAUAUAACGUCAAAUAUUCUAAAUUGAUGAAAAUUGAUUUAUUUAUAUUUUUUAAAUUUUAAUGAAACUUAAAACUAUGAUUUAUAUGUAAAAAUACCGUGAAUAUGGCACUUUUAAUAGAACUAUGAUAAAUAUCCUAUUUUAUAUACGUAUAAAAUUAUAGUGAUUUGUAUAAACCUUAAUGCUUGAAGAUCCAUGAAAUUUGUUAGGUGACAAGAAAGAACAGUGAGUGAUAAUUAUGUAAAUAUAUUGAUUAUAUGAAGUUUUAAAAUGAAGUAUUGACAACUAGUGUUAACAAAACACGGCGUUGGAAAACCUGUUAAUCGGUUAUUAUAUUAUAAAUUUUAAUGUUGUGUAAAACUAAAAACGAAAAAAAAAGUAAAAAAAAGUUUUAAAUAGUACUUAAAACAUUCGCAUUUAAAAAUAUAUAAAUGACUUGUGUUAAAAAAUUGAUGCGUCGAAUUUAGAAAUUUACUAUAUAUAUGGUUAAUUGUAUUACAUUUACAUUAGACUAUUUUUGCUUGUGUAUUGUAUAAAAUGUUGCCAUAACACAAAAUAAGUAAGAAUAAUUUAGCUCUUAUACUACAGCUGACCGUCAUUAUGUUUCGAUUUUAUUUUAUUAUAAAGGAAUGGUCUAUGGUACGAAUAUCAAAAGUAUUUUACUUAAUGCUGUUACUUAUUUUUAUAGAUGUAAAAUAAAACAUUGCUUUGCACAAUUCAUUAUUUUUUUCUCGUAAUCUCACUUUAGUGCAUAUUAAUUAAAAUUAUCGCCAUAGAUAUUGAGUCCUGAACUUUAACCUACGCUGAAACGAAUUUGGUUUUUUUUUUGGUUGGAAGUAUGGGAAAAUGUUACGGUAAUCAUAUUAUCGUUCAAUGAUUGUUCAGUUGCACUUAGCGAUGUUAAUAUGACUCGUGUGCCUUUCGUGAUCCUUUUACUUACUGGGGUGCUAAACCUUUGGUUAUAUUUAGUGCCUCUAUUAAUAACUUAUAGUUUUACUUAUUGUUUUUACUAAUGACGAAAUACCUACCAAUAAUAUUAAAAUAAUUCGAAAUAAUAUAUUUAUAUAAUGAGCACUAAAUACUUUUUAUUUAUUUUAAUAAAGAACAACUAUUUUCUAUUUGUGUCUACUGCACGAUGCGCAUACUGUCCUCAUUGUCACCGAAGGAUCAAUAUCCGUGCCGAUACCUAUGCAAUGAAAUAUGUAAUUAUGCUAACAAUUUACUUUUUUUGUAUAAUGAACACUUAAAUGUUUUGACAUGGUGCUUGUUUUAAAACUAUAAAAUGAACUACAGUGCUAAUUUAAAAUUGAUAUGUGAUAAAUAUUAAUUCACUAGGUGUUUGAGUGUAACUAAACUUUCAUAAAUAAAUAGUAUUAUAUUUUUA